AUGAAAAAGGAUCAAGAUGGAUUAACUAGAGUUUCUUUGAAUUCUGGAUCACAUUCUGUUGCACAUAUUCAACUCAGCGAUCAGUUAUCUUGGGCGAAUGACUUUGCUCUUAAGGUAAGGAAACCAUAUACUAUAACAAAACAAAGAGAAAAAUGGACAGAUGAAGAACAUAAGAACUUCCUUGAAGCCUUAAAGCUGUAUGGCCGCGCCUGGCGACGCAUUGAAGAAUAUAUUGGUACAAAGACUGCGGUUCAGAUUCGAAGUCAUGCUCAGAAGUUUUUCUCUAAGGUUCUUCGCGACAAAAGUGGAUGCAUUACAAACACUAAGGAGUCAAUCAAAAUUCCUCCUCCAAGACCGAAACGUAAGCCUAUGCAUCCUUACCCUCGCAAGCGGGCUGAAACGGCCGGUUGUAAAGAAAUUUCUGUCCCAAGAAAGGAAGUGAAUUUUAAUUCUAUAAAGGCAUCAGAUUUUGAUCAAGAAAAUCAAUCUCCGAAAUCAGUAUUACUUACAAACGGUUGCGAAAGCCUUGGUUCGUCGGAUUCAGAUAAACCAAAUGGAAGUUUGUCUCCAAGAUCUUCGAUUAGCUGUGUCUGUGCAAGUGUUUCCACGCCUGCUGAAUUCGAAACAGAAUCAGAAGAAGAAGCUGGGCAAGAUGCUGAUUCACCUCCUGAUGAGAAGCCUCUUAUGAUACCUGAGAUUCUCCCCAAUGAAAGUUUUUCUGCAAAAGAAAGCAUAGCAGAAGAAUCAUCUCUUCGAAGUCUUAAACUUUUUGGGACGACUCUAUUUGUAACAGAUACUUGCAGACUGUCUUUUCCAACAAUUGAGGCAUGCAAACCAAUAAUACAUCAUGACAAACAUGUAAGCAAGGGUGAACAAGAAUCGGAUUGUCUUGGCAAUAGUUCACUAUGUGAAACAACAGCCAUAUCUCAGUUAAGAGUGAGAGUGAGACGCGAAACAUGCGGAAAAGGGUUUGUGCCUUAUAAAAGGUGCAUGUCAAAGAAGGAAAACCAGUCUUCAUCUGCAACAGCUGAUGAAAGAUAA